GGGCGCGGAGAGGCGGUGCCGCGCGGUCGGGGCGUCCGCAGCGCUGAGAGGGAAGGCUCGGCCCCAACGCCGCACAGGCCUCCGCCGUUCGUCACCCUCCCCCUUCCCCUUUCCCCUCCCCCGCGGCGCCUCAAAGCGCCGGUUCCGCACCGUGAGAGGCCGCCCGGCGUCAGCGGACCUCCAUGUACGACAAUUUGUACCUGCAUGGAUUUGAAGACUCGGAGGCGGGCUCAGCAGAUUCCUACACAAGCAGACCCUCAGACUCUGAUGUCUCUUUGGAAGAAGACAGGGAAGCAAUCCGCCAGGAAAGAGAGCAGCAAGCAGCUAUACAGCUUGAGAGGGCCAAGUCCAAACCAGUAGCAUUUGCUGUUAAGACAAAUGUGAGUUACUGUGGAGCUCUGGAUGAAGAUGUUCCUGUCCCAAGCACUGCCAUCUCCUUCGAUGCCAAGGACUUCCUACACAUUAAAGAGAAAUAUAAUAAUGACUGGUGGAUAGGAAGGCUGGUUAAGGAGGGCUGUGAGAUUGGCUUUAUCCCAAGCCCACUCAGACUGGAGAAUAUCCGCAUUCAGCAGGAGCAGAAGAGAGGACGUUUCCAUGGAGGGAAAUCAAGUGGAAAUUCUUCUUCAAGUCUUGGAGAAAUGGUUUCUGGCACAUUUCGAGCCACUCCCACUUCUACUGCAAAACAGAAACAAAAAGUGACAGAACAUAUUCCCCCCUAUGAUGUGGUACCAUCAAUGAGGCCAGUUGUCUUGGUGGGUCCAUCCCUGAAAGGCUAUGAGGUGACAGACAUGAUGCAGAAAGCUCUCUUUGACUUCCUGAAGCACAGGUUUGAUGGGAGGAUAUCAAUAACUAGAGUGACAGCUGACAUUUCUCUUGCUAAGAGGUCUGUGCUAAACAAUCCCAGCAAGAGGGCAAUAAUUGAGCGGUCAAACACAAGAUCCAGUUUAGCUGAAGUACAGAGUGAAAUUGAAAGAAUCUUUGAGCUGGCAAGGUCCUUACAACUGGUUGUCCUGGAUGCAGACACCAUCAAUCAUCCUGCACAACUUAUCAAGACAUCUUUAGCACCAAUUAUUGUCCAUGUUAAAGUGUCUUCUCCAAAGGUUUUGCAGCGACUGAUUAAAUCCCGAGGGAAGUCCCAGAGCAAACACUUGAAUGUGCAGUUGGUGGCAGCUGAUAAACUGGCACAGUGCCCCCCAGAAAUGUUUGAUGUCAUUUUGGAUGAAAACCAGCUGGAAGAUGCUUGUGAGCACUUGGCAGAGUACCUGGAGGCUUACUGGCGUGCUACUCACACCACCAGCAGCACACCCAUGACUCCUCUCCUGGGCAGGAAUUUGGGAUCCACCGCGCUCUCACCGUACCCUGCUGCAAUCUCUGGCUUACAGGGAUAGCUCAAAAACGGCUGAACUUUGAAACUUCAAACGUGGCAUGUAAAUAGUCCUUAAUGAGAAGUACGUGCUUUACUAAGUUUGAAAACAGCAAAUGUCUUUGAUUAAAAUAGUUCUGAAUGCUUGAGGAGGUCAGGAUUGCAAGGCAUUUUUAAGAGUGAAGGUUUCAGGAGUUGUGUAUGUGUGUGGCUUCCCAGGAGUGUGCACUUUCUGAUGUGUGGAGAAAGCAGAGUUGAGCAGAUGCCAUGUAAUGAGUAGUUCACCUGACAGUGCUAACCUCUGUUCUGCUUGUAGAGUAUCUGGAAGCAGGUAACAGUUUUGCAGGAAAUGAUGCAUUGCUCAGUGUUUUUAAUGAACAUAAAGCUUUUUUUGUAUUGUUCUGUUUUUGUCUGUGAGUGGAUUGCACUUCACUGAAGGUGCAUGGUACUUGAUACUCACGUUUCUAAUGCUGUGCUUGGUUUUAUUAGAACCAGUAAGUCACUGUUCCUUGACUGGCUGAAUGCACAAGCACUGUUCUGUCAACAUGCACAUGUG